GUGUGGGUUGACACUGCUUUGGUGCACAAACUCAUGCUGUGCAUUCUCUAUGCAGGAACAAACUGCACUGUACACCGCAGUCCAUCAUCAGUGUAGCGGUUAGCCUUUCUUGGAUAACCACAAACCAAAGCAUUUCUGGUCACUUCACCAUUAGCAAUAAAAAAGCUACUUGAAGGCUACUUGAAAAGCAAGACCAGCAGCUGAAAAUUGGACUGCACUUUGUGACUGAACUCCGAUGUCAGAUCUUCUCAACUUGCUGCAGGGUUUUGAGGUGAACAACCGACCAAACUCAAGGACAGCUAGCUCCAUCCCCUUGGAUUUUUAAAAACAUUUGUCGGUGGAAAGGAUUUGCUGUUUCCUCAUCAAGCCUGCCAUUAGGAGAAAGGGGAGAUUACUUGAGUAAGCUUUGGCUGGCAGAGAGGUAGUCUCAUUUACCCAGGCGAGGGGUACUGACAGACUCGGCACCCUCAAGUUUUCCCAAAGAUGCCGGAAUUUACUUGCUGGUGAAAAGAAAAGGGUUGAGCUGAUUAUUUUCUUGACAUCAGUGGGCAGUGAUAUCACCACUGUGUACUUGGGAAAUGGAGGCGAUGUUCAUUUGGGCUCUGGUUGUGACCUUGGUUUGUGGCGGGGCUCACGUUGGGGCUAAUCCCUUCAGGGUUGAGCCCCAGAACACCAACGCUGCGCUGGGAGAAACGGUGGUCCUGCCCUGCAUUCUCCGCAACACCACCCUGUCGCACUGCAACGUCUUCUGGUACCGCUCCGACCAGCAGGUCUACAUUAGCCGCAACCGACGCAUUAUCGACCGCUUGUCCCCGGACGUCCGUGAACGCUAUUCUAUCCUCGGGAAUCGGUCCAGUGGUGUCUACUCGCUGCAGAUUCAGGACGUGGCGGAGGCAGACGCCGGCGAGUACCAGUGUACGUGCUUCCCGCGAUCUCACGCCAACUCCUACCUCUCCCCGCCCGCGGCGAUCUACAUUGUCAUCAGGCCCCCCCCUGAGUACCCCAUUUGUCGCCUGCGGGAGGGGACAGGUCCUCUGAUGGUUGGACAGCGAGUGUCAUUUGUGUGCGAGGCCAAUGGUGGGCGGCCCUCGGUUGCCCUGCAGUGGAUGCAGGGGCGGGAGAACCUGGUGGCCGACUUCACCUUCAACCCCCACUCCAUCAGCGUCUACCACAAGACGCUGGCACUGGAGGACAGCGAGGAGAUCCUGACCUGCGUGGCUUCGGGGCUGGCGCUGAAGAGCCCCCGCAACUGUACCGUUGGUCCCCUCAGCAUCGUCUCCCCACUCCAAAUCCAGACGCAGAAGAUCGUCGCCAAGCAUGGCGGGCGCGAGGACCCGCGUGUCGUGUUCACUUGCAACUCAAAUAUGAACCUUACCGGGUUGGUUGCCAUGUACAAUUAUACGUGGUAUGCGAAUGGUGCUCGGAUUACCACGUCAACCCCAGGCUUCAUUCUUGGAAACGACGGCACAUCCGUCCAGGUGACGGACUUAUCGCUGUUCUCCCAGAACAUCCACAUUGUGUGCGCGGCCCAUGGAAUGCAGGGCUCCCUCGGCAACGUCAGCACUUUUCUGGACAUGGACAGCAUCGUUGGCUUCCCGACCAUCUCUCAUGCCGGACAUCCCAAAACUGACCCACCAAACAAAGGCAUCGUCUCUGUGGCAGGAAAUCAGCAUCUCGACGUCCGGCCCUUCGUCUACCUGAUACUCGGUGCCUUUAUUCUCAUGACGACCAUGAUCGCAAUUGUGGUCUGCACACCGCGGACGUGCUGCCACCCCAAGUCUGGCUCCCGCCUGCGGCGCCGCGACUCCAAGUUCACCACCAUGCACUACGUGCAGCAGCCCACCGGUUCCCCAGCCCGGGCCAUCGCUCACCAAGAAUCCCUCAACUUGUAUGAGUCCACUGCAGACAGUGACACUGAAAGCAUGCAGCAGGGCGCCACCCUAACAGCACCCUCAUUAACCCAGCAACAGCAGCAGCAGAAACAGCAAGUCCAAGCCACCCUACACGUGGUCGUCCACUCCGGGAACAAUUCCUCUAAUCAGCACCAGACGCUGACCCGCGGCAACUCGGGCACCCUAGCCGACGACCAGUCCUCCGUCUACCAGGAGAUGCCCCCCACCCCUCCCCCACUGCCGCCUCACUCUUCCCACACUCUCCGACUCCACCCACCCAAGACCCCCUCCGGCGCCCUGCGCACCCAAACCUGGGGUCACUCGUCCUGCAAGGCCAACGCGUUCAACUUUGAGCAAGUCCCUGCCGACCUCAUGCACUACGACCACCUCCGAGGCCACCGAGGCUGCUAUGUCCAGACCCUUCCCAUGAGGCCCUCCCGACCCGCCCUCCACCAGAAGUUUCUGCACACCCCGCAGUACGCGGAGUUGAACAAGUUCAACCAUAAAGGGACGGCGGAGGGCCUGUAUGAGAACGUGCCGGUACCCAUACACCACGGACGAAGUCUGUCUCUUAAUGGAUACUGAACAUGAGACGCAUUUGUAAAUAAACUUAACUUUAAAAUACACAUGUAGAUGGAUCGGUAUCGAUCGGUACAUGUGUCUUGUAUAUUUCCCCGUACAUAGUCACGAACGAAAAGUUACUUAGUUUCAAACAUUUUUCACAUCUUUAUAUGACAGACACGUACAGCAGAGAAUUUAUCGCAGAUAUUAACUGACCGAAAUUUGUCAUCUGUAUGUUAAUCACAAAAACUGUAAGAACAGUUAGAAAAGAAUUGUACACUGCAGUGCCCUCGCCAGAGUCGCAUAGAACUCUCUCUCGGACAAGAGUUAGGGUCCAAUUUCUUGUCUAAAACCAACAGUAGAACUUUGACAGGUGGAAAGGACAAUUUUUAGAAAAAGAACGAGCUUACAGUUACCCCAGUACUGAACCAACACGUAUAUGUACAUGCCUGUUGAAAUCACUAACUAUUCUGUGAGAAUGUUUUCAACACUGUACUGCUUUUAACUUAAACGGUAACGAACAUGUACGUGUCAUGACUUGUUCUGAGCCAAGUAUCAUCUCAUCCAUUUGCCGUUAUACUUUAAACAGGCCUUGGUUUUCAUACUGUGUGAACCCUGAUCUAAAAUUUGGCUAAAAUUCAACAUUUGGUCUUGCAGUAUUUCCACCAAGCCAUGGCUGUGGCUACCACUUGGGUUGGAGGUUUGUUGACAAAACUUUAAAAAUGCGACGGGUUUACAAAAUUCUUGAGUAAGGACACACUUUGAGAAAUCUCCUAAAGUGGGACUUGAGGAACACAUUUAUGCACAUUCUUGAUAGUGGCAAGUCCUGACCAGGGGUGAGAUUGACCAAAGAAAAAAAAAUAGCUGAAAACAGUUGAAAAAGGCAUAAAGAAGCUAAACUGUGAA